AUGGAACCAGUAGAGACCUGGACCCCCGGGAAGGUGGCAGCCUGGCUGAGAGGCCUUGAUGAUUCCCUGCAGGACUACUGCUUUGAGGACUGGGAGCUACCUGGCAAGUACCUACUCCAGCUCUGCCCCCACAGCCUCGAGGCUCUGACCAUGUGGCCUCUGGGACACCAGGAGCUCAUUCUGGAAGGGGUGGAACAGCUCCGGGCCCUAAGCUCUGGGCUACAGACAGAGAACCUGCAGAGCCUGACAGAGGGGCUGCUAGAGGGGACCCAUGCCUUCAGGAGCUUAGUCCAAGGCCGCCUGGGGGGCUGUGCUGAGGCCCCUGCCGAUGUCCUUGGCGCUGCUGUGGAUGUGGUGCAUGAGGCUCGUACCCUCCUCUUCUGGCUCAACAGGUACCUCUUCUCCCACUUAAAUGACUUCUCGGCCUGCCAGGAGAUUGGGGAGUUGUGCGGGAAGCUGGGCCAGGUCUUGCAGGAGGACUCUCCGGCAGCUGAGAAGGAGAGCCAAGUCCUCAGGAUUUGCAGCCACGUGGCUGGGAUCUGCCACAACAUCCUGAACUGCAGCCCCCAGGAGCUGCUGGAGCAGAAGGCUGUGUUAGAGCGAGUGCAGUUGGACGAUCCUUUGAGCCUGGAGAUCCACACCACAAACAACUGCCUGCACUUCGUGUCCCGAGUGGGCACCCAGGUCCCUUCCGACUUCCCGCUGCAGAUCUUGCCUGGAGAUGAGAUUGUCCAGGUCAACGAGCAGGUGGUGGUGAGUGAGGAGGAGAGGGACAUGGUGGGCUGGGCCCAUAAGAAUGUGGUGAGGGAGCUGCUGCGGGAGCCAACUGGGGUCAGCUUAGUGCUGAAGAAGGUCCCGGUGCCAGAGUCCCUGCCACAGACUCCUCCUCAGGCCCUGGACUCCCCACAGCUAAAGGUCCCAUCGCCAGCUCUGGCCUCACCAUCUCCCAGGGCCCCAUCCAAAGAUGUCUUUGCCUUUGGCCUGACUUCAAACCCGAGUCCUGGGCCCAGCCCUUCCUCAACAGAUUCUGCCUCCCUUGACCCCAAGCCCAUGUCCAUCACGCCUAUACUCCCAGCCACACUCCCAGCAGAGGCAGCAGAGACUCAGAGACCCCCAGAAGACCUUGUCAAGAAUCCUGUUCCUGGUCAGAAGAAAUCAAAAGGUGUGGCUACGCGGCUGAGUCGCCGGCGGGUGUCUUGCCGGGAGCUGGGCCAGCCAGACUGUGACGGAUGGCUCCUGCUACGCAAGGUGCCCAGUGGCUUCAUGCGCCCACGCUGGCGCCGCUGCUGGUUUGUGCUCAAGGGACACACUCUCUACUGGUACCGCCAGCCCCAGGAUGAGAAGGCCGAGGGCCUCAUCAAUGUCUCCAACUAUAGCCUGGAAAGUGGACAUGAUCAGAAGAAAAAAUAUGUGUUCCAGCUCACCCAUGAUAUGUACAAACCCUUCAUCUUUGCUGCUGAUACUCUGACGGAUCUGAGCAUGUGGGUUCGCCACCUUAUCACGUGCAUUUCCAAGUACCAGUCUCCAGGCCGUGGCUCCCUACCCCGAGAGGAAGACUGCUACAGUGAGACAGAAGCAGAAGACCCUGACGAUGAGGCUGGGUCCCGCUCAGCCUCGCCCAGCUCAGCCCAAGCUUGGAGCUCAUUCCAUGGAGAAACAUCACCUGCAGCCACCCCCACACGGGGCAGCCCACCGACCUCCUUCGACCUUCCAACAGAUAACAGUGAAGGGGCGCUGGAAGGAAUGGUACAGGGGCUGAGGCAGGGCGGUGUGUCCCUCCUGGGUCAGCCGCAGCCCUUCACUCAUGAACAGUGGCGGAGCUCUUUCAUGCGGCGCAACCGCGACCCCAGGCUCAAUGAACGAGUGCACCAUGUGCGGAUGCUGCAGAGCACACUCAAGGCAAAGCUGCAGGAGCUGCAGGCCCUGGAGGAAGUGCUAGGCGACCCUGAGCUGACUGGAGAGAAGUUCCGACGGUGGAAGGAACAGAACCAGGAUCUCUACUCAGAGGGCCUGGGGGCCUGGGGAGUGGUGCAGGCUGAGGGCAGCUCCCAAGUCCUGACCUCUGACUCCAGAGAACAGUCUUCCCACUCCCUGCCCUCUGACUCUGAGGAGCACUCCGUCUCUGCCCCCUGAUCCCAGA